CUUUGCGCUGUUUAAGUCCCCGAAUAACCGGAGAGACUGGGACGUUAGAUGAGGGCGGUUUCACUGGGGGCGGGGCACAGAGGCUGACCUACAGCCGCACUGACUAGAGGAGGCAGGCACCGAGUGGUCAGCUGACUCCUCACGUGACCCUAGAAUCAUGGCGAUGCCCAUCGCCCGGGAUUCAGCCGCCUGCCUUUUCAUGUAUUUUACCCCGGCGCUGAUCGCCCUGUCGUUAGCAUUGAACCAGUCUCCUGACGUCUCCGGUGGUCCCGGGUCCCGCAGCGGCUGCGGCUGCCAAUCCGGUUCCACGAAUCGCCCGGAAGCCACCGGUCGUCUCCCCGAGGCUCUGAGUGACAGCAUCUCACUGGCUAAGCGGGCAGCUGUCAAAUACUCCAGGGAGGCCAAUGUUGAGGGACAAGAGACGGCACAGGGGAACGUGCCACAUUCAAAAAGGCGUACUGAUCAGAUGGUGCUGAUACCAGGUGGCGUGUUCACCAUGGGAACAAAUGAACCUGGGGUACACCAGGAUGGAGAGGGCCCAGCUAGAAAAGUACAUAUUAAGCAGUUCUAUAUGGAUAUGUAUGAAGUCACCAAUGCUGAAUUCGAGAGAUUUAUUAAAGAUAUUGACUAUGUCACAGAGGCAGAAACAUUUGGAGACUCCUUUGUGUUUGAGGGACUGCUGAGUGAAAAGGUGAAGAGCGGCAUUACCCAAGCUGUUGCCGCGGCGCCAUGGUGGCUGCCUGUUAAAGGUGCCAGCUGGAAACAUCCGGAAGGUCCUGACUCCAACAUUACAAAGAGGAUGGAUCACCCAGUUGUGCACGUCUCCUGGCACAAUGCAGUGGCUUACUGUGCCUGGGCAGGUAAACGGCUGCCCACGGAAGCUGAAUGGGAAUACGCCUGCAGAGGUGGACUUGAGAACAGACUUUUCCCAUGGGGGAACAAGCUACAUCCUAAAGGCCAGCACUACAUGAACAUCUGGCAAGGAGACUUCCCUCACCAGAACACAGCAGAUGAUGGAUAUGCCAACACAGCCCCUGUCACCACCUUUCCUCCCAAUGCUUAUGGUCUCUUCAAUAUGGUAGGGAAUGUCUGGGAAUGGACAGCAGACUGGUGGAAUGUACACCACACCACAGAUGAAAUGGAGAAUCCUAUAGGACCUGCCUCAGGGACAGAUAAGGUGAAAAAGGGUGGAUCCUACAUGUGCCACAAGUUCUACAGGCUGAGACAGCAUUUAUCCCUUUGAAGGCCUCAACACCAGAAAACCAGUAGUCUCCUUUUUCUUCAGGCCAUACCAUUGAUGAAAGCAUUCAGAGGAAGAUCGAACACCAACAUGUCUUAGUGGCUUAGGAUUUCCAGAAGUUAAAAUUAAGAUUUUAUUGGAAUGUAUAUUUAAAUACUAUUUCAUUAUUAGAAUACAGUGUAAAUUUUCCCAAUAUGUAUUCUGCCUUUUCAGUUAUCUGGCUGUUGGGGGCAUCUACUGAUUGUGCCAACUGCAUCUUGUUUUGAACACAAACACAUACACAAAGUUAUAAUGUGUUUUAUACAGUGAACUUUUUGAAUAAUAUAAGCAUGAAUUAAAGAAUGAUUUUUUGUGAAAAAAGUUACAUAAAUAAUGAUUCAGCAUUUAUAUAAGUAAUCAUCAGAUGAUUAUCUUUAGCUAAAUAUAAAGUCCACAAUUUUCUGGCCAUAUCUCAUUGUAUAAAUGGUAUUAUCUCUAUUCUAGUGUCUCUAGUCAAGUUUAUUGUUAUAUGUAAAAGUAAGCACAGGUGCAAUGAAAAACUUAAUUACUGCAACAUUCACAAGAGAAAUAUAUACAUAAUGUUUAUAAUGAAGGACAUAAUUGGGAAGAUAGGAAACAAAGUGUAUUUUAGUGUAAAAUAAUAUAGUGUUGCUAAACUGUAGUGAAUAGGGUUUUGCUGGGAGGUGCAAGAACUAAAUGGGCAAAGGUAAGUAGUAUUCUUGAACCAGGUGGUGUGGGAUCUUUGAUGCUAACUAUUGCCAUCUUGAGGCAGCACCUCCUGAUGAUGGGGAGGGAUGUGCCAAUGAUGUAUUGGACAGAAUCCAUUGUUCUCUGCAGCUUGUUAUGUUCUUGUGUAUUUGAAUUGUCAUACCAGACCAUACAACCAAUCAAGAUACUUUCAACAGGACAACUGUAAAAGUUUGUUUGAGUGUUUGGUGACAUGCCAAACCUCCUUAACUUCCUAAGAAAGUACGGACGUUGGCACACUCACUUUGAUUGCAUCAAUGUGCUGAGCCCAGGACAAAUCAAACAGUAUGUCCAGGAAAUUAAAGCUGCUGACUCAGUUAGACUGCUGCAUGUUCACCUUCCUUCCCAAACUUGUAGUCAAUAAUCAGCUCUUUAGUUUUGCUGAUGUUGAGCAAGAGGUUGUUGUCACUCAACUAGGUGACAUAUCUUGCUCCAGUAAGCUAACUCAUCACUGCCUGUGAUUUGUCCAACAAUGGGAGUGUCAUCGGUGAAUUUGAAGAUGGCAUUGGAGAUGUACUUAGCCACAUAGUCAUGGUAUGUUGAGAGUGGAGCAAGGAACCAAACACACAGCCUUAAGGCAUAUAUAUGUUGAAGAUCAGUGAGGAGAGAUGUUGUUAACAAUCCUCACUGACUGAGAUCUACCAAUGGUGUCUAAGCUUGAUCAUGAAUUUAGCUGGGAUGAAGGAUGGUUAAUUUUUUAGAUGUUGAUCACUGAACUGUAGUCAAUGAACAGAGUCUGUAGUUCUGCCUAAAACACAAUAUAGGAACUGCAAGAAGGCUAUCUCCCACAAGGAGAAGCACACUGUCAAAACCAGGGAUAGGUACCAAAUAUUUUAUCACUAGCUCCCUACAAUUAGAACAUAGUAACAGCACAGCUGAAGAAUAUGCUCUUUGAUCCAUAAUAGCUGUGCUGACCAUGAUGCUAAGUUAAAAUAAACCUAUCUGUGAACAUGGCUCAUAUCCCUCCAGUCCCUACAUAUUCAUGUGCUUGUCUAAAUACUUAAGGUCUCUCACAUGUCUGCUUCCAACACCAUUCCAGCAGCAAAUUCCAGGCAACUUACACCACACAUCUCUUCUAAACUUUCCCCUUUCACCUUAAAGCUAUGCCCCCUCAUAUUUGAUGAUUCUAUCCUGAGAAAAAGACUCUUACUCUAUCUAUGUUAAACUAUCUGACUAUAAACCUCUAUCAGUUCUCCCCUCUGCCUCUGAGGUAAAAAUCUAAAUUUGUCCAAUCUCUCCUUAUAACUCAUACUUCCUAAUCCAGGCAGCAUCCUGGUGAACCUCUUUUGCAUGCUCUCCUAAGCAUUGUUGUCAGUUCUGUAAUUGGGUGACCAGAACUGCAUGCAGUACUUCAAUGCAGUUUCAAUCUGUGUUCCUGACUCUUAUGGUCAAUGUCCUAGUGUUAGUUCAAGGUUUUCUCCAAGUGGCUGUGGUCAAAAGGCCAUUUAUGUGAGCCAUCACAUUCAAUGCAAGAGAUUCUGCAGAUGCUGGAAAUCCAGAGUAAUCUACAUAAAAUGCUGGAGGAACUCAGCAGGUCAGGCAGCAUCUGAUGGAAGUCUUGGCCCAAAACAUCGGCUCUUUAUUUCUCUCCAGAGAUGCUGUCUGAGCCAGUGAGUUUGUCCAUUCACUCAACUCUUGUUUUGGUCAUGGUGGCACUGCAUCUGACCUUGGUUCCUUGCUCCUUAAUACUUUCUAAUAAAAAUUCAUCACUUUUGGUCCUUAAAUCUCAAUUCACAACUCCCCCUCUACCCCACCCCCGCACCUAAACUGAAUUGCUUUAUCAAGACAAACAGUUUCACGGUUCCAGAUAUCCUCUAUACUACAAUUGAGGGGCAUAAUUAAUUUAAUCCAUCAUGGCUUACAGCAGUUAAGAAGUUGUGUGAGUUCAGCUCUUUACUCAGGUCUCCACAUGCCUCUAGCAGCACAACAAUUUAGAUUCAGAGGGUGAAAUUAGCAGGAAGCAUUACAGAAACAUAGCCUCUAUUCUCUUGAAUGUUGAAAAUUAAGGGAUAGUACAAUUGAGCCAUUUAUAAUUUGAUUGGGUGGAUACAGAGAAACUACUUCUUCUGAUAAUGGGAUCAAGAACAAGGAAAAAUUGUUAAAAUCAGAGCCUGGCCAUUUAGGAAAGAAAUUACAAACUGUUUCUCUCACAAUGAAUAAUAUAAUCCUGAACUCCCCCUCCUGUAAAAGCUUCAGGACGUCACUUGGAAUUUACAGACGUGUGAUUAGUGGGUAUUGUUAGGAAGCAGCUGAAGCAGGUAAAAGGACUAGAAAUCCAGACCAGCUGUAAUCAGCUUAACUGUAAAGCAACUUGGAUUGUCUCACUGUGUUCCUAUAUUCCUAUCAAACAGUGGUUCCAAAAUUCCAUUUUUCAUCUCUCUCUACAAUCAGCUUCAACUUCAUAAUCACAAUUUUCAGGGUUAUGCAUUCUAUAAAUUCUACAAUUUUAGCAAAAGUACACAGAACUACAGGUUCACGUCUGCAAAGACAGCACGGUAAGUUAAUAAGAGCUUUUAAAAUUAAACUGGAAGCACAGAAUGCAUAAUCAGAGAGGUUAUGUAAAACCUUUACAAAUCAAUGCAAAGACGACAGCUGGAGUUCUGUGUCCAAUUCUGGGCACAGAUUCAAACUAAUUGGUAAAAGAACCGGAGUUUUUGUUUAAACAAAUGGUGCUGUUAUGAUCUGGUAUGCACAGACUAAAAAUCUGAAGGAUCCAUUGGUGAAUUUUUGAGGAGCUAGCUAAACAGGAGCUUCAUGUCUUGACAAGAGUAGGAGUGAAUCACAGAUGUACACUCACAGUGCACAAAAUCCAUCAUUUAUCCAUCUCUAAUGUUCUGAUUC